GAAACUCACACACACUAAGGGAAUUUCUACAUUGUUCCAAAAGCUACUGGACUCACAAACAUGCAAGGAUGGAUCAACAGAAGUGUCACUAAGCUGACGAACAGAAAAUUUUGCACUCAUAUUAACUAGGAAUGCACUAAUCAGUUUGCUUGCUUACAAUAUUUCUGGUCUGCUAUUAUGUUUAAGAGUAAAGUAGCACUUCCAAAAAGACAGCGUGACACCACAUUGCCUUAGACGAACGUCAUCUGACACUGUGUUCCACCAAGUGUUUGUCGUCUAUCCUUCACUUGGACUGCAGAAGGCAAAACUACAGUCAAGAUGCCAAAAAAUGAGUCACAGUUUGCCAUCCUAGAAAGCUCUACUCCGUGGAAUCCUUUCGACAGACGCUUGACAUCCAUCGAACCAUGGAACUUUCAAAUCCUGACCGCCCUAAUGUCCCUGAUAACCACGCUUUCUAUCGUCGAGAACUUUAUUGUCAUUCUUGUUACUUUCAAAUUCAAACAACUGAGGCAACCUUUAAACUACAUCAUUGUAAACUUGUCCGUGGCAGACUUUUUAGUGUCGGUUAUUGGUGGCAGUGUCAGUAUUGCAACUAACAGCCAAGGCUAUUUUUUCUUAGGAUCGUGGGCUUGUGUCCUUGAAGGAUUUGCAGUGACUUUUUUUGGAAUUGUAGCUUUGUGGUCGCUGACUAUCUUGGCUUUUGAGAGAUACGUGGUGAUAUGCAAACCUCUUGGAAAUCUGCGUCUUCGCGGGAAGCAUUCGGCGAUUGGUAUUUUGUUUGUAUGGAUCUUCUCGUUCAUUUGGACAAUCCCACCAAUUAUGGGUUGGAGUAGUUAUACCACAAGUAAAAUUGGCACAACUUGUGAGCCCAACUGGUAUUCAGGAAAAUUGUCAGAUCAAACCUACAUCAUUACAUUCCUUACAACAUGUUUUAUAUUCCCUUUGAUGGUUAUUUUUAUAUCUUAUGGAAAACUGAUGCGGAAGCUGAGAAAGGUAUCUGAUACCCAAGGAAGACUGGGAUCUACCAGGAAGCCUGAGAAGGAAGUCACUCGAAUGGUCAUUAUCAUGAUUAUUGCCUUUCUCAUCUGCUGGUCGCCCUAUGCUGCUUUCUCCAUACUUGUGACUGCACGGCCUACUAUUGACCUGGACCCUCGCCUGUCAGCUAUACCAGCAUUUUUUGCAAAAACAGCAUCUAUGUACAAUCCUGUAAUUUAUGUCUUUAUGAACAAGCAGUUCAGGAGGUGUCUUCUUCAGAUGUUCCAUUGCAAUUCCAAAGAACCUAAGGAAUCCAAUAAUAACCCGACUUCAGAAAGAGUAGGAAUAAGCCGCGACCAUCAAGGAGGCGAAAUGCUGGCGAUUGCAGCGCACAUAACAACUUCUAACACUACCAAUCGGAAGACUGAAGAAGAACAGAGCAGCUGCAAUUCAUUCGCUCAGUUGCCAAUAUCUGACAACAAAGUCUGUCCAAUGUAGACAGCAAGAUAUGAAUUUGUUGGGUAAGAUUCGAGAUCUUGGCUGGCAUGUAGCAAAAGAAUGUAAAGUGCUGUAAUUAAAUGAAAAAAAGCUACAUUGUUCUAAGCCAUUAGUUUCUUCUACAUUGAUAUUAAGUACUUCACAUUAAUCGCCCAUCCACCUCUGAAUGUCAGCAGCCAUUGUUGAAAUACUUUAUCUGAAGCUGUGUCUUAAAUAAAAGCGAGACUCCUGUGACUAUUAUUUGGAAAUAACAAACACGUUAUUUUAUUUUUAUAUUUUUCAGCCUUGCAGUAUUAUAGUUGUAUAAUUUAUACGUCGGUCACAUAAGACAAUGAAUACUGGUGAACAGUGGGUAUUUAGUGAAGCUCUAGUUGUCCUUGAAAAUGGCGAGGAAUGAUUUGCAAAGACUGGCUCGCCAAUGGUGACAUUUUAAAAACUCAAUUUACCCAUAUUUUAUAGUUGUUUUUCUUAAUCCUCUGUUGUGGCACAAAUGAUUUUUAAAUCCCGAUAUAUCAUUAAACAUGGACUAUAAUCAGUGUUUGGUCUAAUAGAUUAGUACUGUGUUCUUUAAAACUAACCUAGGUCAACUAAUAAGCCAGCAUUUGAAGCCGGCUUCCAGUACACAGUUGUCUUACUAAAAAGAAAACAGCCUCUGUGCCAAACCAGGAAUAUCAUCGCAUUCAGGAUUGUUUGCGGGUCGUGGAUUUGGGUUUUAGGAACAGUGGACUGGAUUUGUUAUUCACUUAUUUUCAAAUACAAUACAACCACUUUAAGGGUUUUUGAGAAAGCUGUA